AUGCGCAUCGUCGGCCUCACUGGCGGCAUCGCCUGCGGCAAGUCCGCCGUCUCGACGGCGGCGGCCAGUUGGGGCCUCCGCGUCAUCGACAUGGACGAGAUUGCUCGCCGCGUGGUCUGCCCCGGCCUGCCCGCCUACACGGACAUCGUCGCAGCAUUUGGCGACGGCGCGCUCCUCCCCAGCGGCGAGCUCAACCGCACCGAGGUCGGAAGGAUCGCAUUUUCCGACCGCGAGAAGCGGCGCGCUCUCAACGCGGCGACCCACCGCCCGAUGCUGAUGCAGCUCCUCGCGGAGCUCGCCGCUGCGCUCUUUGGCGGCGAGGCGGCCGUCCUGAUCGACGCGCCGCUCCUCUUCGAGACAUCGCUCCACUGGCUCUGCUGCACAACGCUUGUCGUCGCUGUCGCCGAGGCGACCCAGCCGGAGCGGCUGCGAAAAGCAAGGCUGCGAGCGCGCGACGGCUUCAGCGCGGAGGAGGCGGAGAAGCGGAUUGCGGCGCAGAUGCCGCUCGCGGAGAAGUGCGCUCGUGCCGACGCCGUGAUUGACAACGAGGGGACUCGAGAUGAGUUGGCGGCGAGGGCGGCGACGAUCCUCGACGCCGCCGGCGCCAUCGCCGGCCAGACACCCUAG